CUCUGCACUUCCUGCCACUGCAGGCCUCUCCGAGAACAGAGGCCAGGCCAUGACUCACUGGCUUCCUGCAUACUGAGGAUGGCCCAGACGGAGGACGAGGCACCUGAGGUCCCCACAGAUGGGGAGAGGUGAGGGCUAAUGGGGCUGAGGCUGCACUCUCCUUCCCCUACAUCCAGAAACCCUUUCCAUCCAACACCUCCCUCACUACAGAACCCUGAACUGCUGUCUGAGCCUCUGCCUUGCCCCUUCCUGUACCUUUGACCUCACCUCCAUGUCCCACUGCCCACCUCUGACCCCUGACCCCCUGGACACUGUCCAUCCCAGGCUGGUCCCAUCACAGGUGGACAAAGCAGACAGGACCCCUCUAGGGGUCCUGAGCGCCCUAGAGCCACUUCUUCGCCUGCAGAGAACAUGGGGGGUGUGGCAUGUGCCAGAGCUGGAUACCCAGGACGCAGAAGCCCUCGUGGGGCUGUGGCCACUGGGGAGUUUCUUGGUCACAGGACGUGACCCCAGCCAGGUCCUGGUGUUGAGGACAGGACCUUUACCAGGAGGAGUCAACACCUACCAGAUCCAGAAGAUUCCCGGAGGUGUGACCCUGGAAUCCUCCAACCUCUGCAUGCCAGACCUGCCCCAUCUCCUGGCCUUUCUAUCAGCCAGCAGGGAUGUUCUGCCCAGAACCCUGCUCUUGCCCCCUCCCACUCUAGGGCCUGGAGAUGAACACAAAGAUCCUCUGCAGAUCGGCAGCAUCCAACAAGACACCCCAGGGAAGGUGCUUUCCAUUAUUAACCAACUCUACCUGGAGACCCACAGAGGCUGGGGGAAGGAGCAGACCCCCCAAGAAAUAGAGCCAGAGGCUGCCCAGAGAUAUGAUCCAGCCCCCAGGAACCCUGCGCCUCAUGGAGUCUCCUGGGUGAAAGGCCCGCUCAGCCCAGAAGUGGGCCAUCCUGGGCCGGCUCUUGCCAGCCUCCUGGAGGAGGAGGAGGAAGACCCUGAAGGAAGGGAGGAAGAAAGGGAGGACGACCCUGAAGAGGAAGGCCCUGAGGACAUACUCACCAUUCACAUCCAAGCUCUGGUCAGGGCUCGGAGCAGCUACGUGGCCAGGAAGUACCGAAGUCUUCGGUUGCGCAUCACCUCGGAUUCUGGGGGUCCCCACAGGCCUGGGGACCCAGCCACGGAGCUGCUUCAGGAUGUGCGGCAGCUCCUUAUUGACCUUCAGGAUCACCUGGCAAAGGACCCCUACAUCCAAGCUGUCUCUGGGAGCAAGGGUCCUGGGGUCUCCAAGAAGGAUGAAGAUCCAGGCCCUGUGCUGGAGACGGCCGUGUGCCAGGCGGUGCUGGAGCCCCUGAAACCGGCCCUGUGGACGCGACUCCGCACGCUCCGAGCGCCGGAGCUGCGGCGGCUGCGGAGGCGACAAACAGCCCUGCGGGCGGGGGCGGGGCCUAUGGGCGCACAGGGGGCGGGGCCCGAGGGUCAGGGCCCCGCCCCCGCCUUGCGGAGCCGCAUCCACGCGCGCCUUGCGCACCUCCACGCCGCCUGCGCCCCGCGCCGCAAGGUGGCGCUCCUGUUGGAGGUGUGCAAAGAUGUCUACGAGGGCCUGGCUCAGGGCGAGAACCAAGAUCCCCUGGGGGCCGACGCCUUCCUGCCGGCGCUGACCGAGGAACUCAUCUGGAGCCCGGCCAUUGGGGAGACGCAGCUGGACGUGGAGUUUCUUAUGGAGCUCUUGGAUCCAGACGAACUGCGGGGAGAGGCCGGGUACUACCUGACCACGUGGUUUGGGGCGCUGCACCACAUUGCCCACUACCAGCCCGAAACGGACCGCGCGCCCCGGGGGCUCAGCUCCGAGGCCCGCGCCUCCCUGCACCAGUGGCACCGCAGGCGGACGCUGCAUAGAAAGGAACAUCCCAGAGCCCAGGCCAACCUCCCCUUUAAGGAGCCGUGGGCAGAAGAGACUGUGCCAGGGACCAAUCACGAUUAGGGGUUCCACACCCCUCCUCACGCCCCGCCGUUCACGCCUGUAAUCCCAACACUUUGGGAGGCCAAGGUGGGAGGAUUGCUUGAGCCCAGGAGUUUGAGACCGGCCUGGGCAAAAUAGUGGGACACUGACUCUACCAAAAAAAUAAAGAAAAAUUAACCAGGCUUGGUGGCACACUCCUGUGCUUUGCAGUUUUAGAGAGGGGUGUCAGAGAAAGCCUCAUUGAGGUAACAUCUGCAGAAAGGCCUGAAGGAAGGAAGGGGAAGAGCAGUGAUAUUAGGAAGAGCAUUCCAGGAAGCAGGAUGAGCCAGUGCAAAGGCCCAGAGGUAGGCUGUUCCCUUUUCCUGGAACCCCUCCCUCCUCCUUGAUGCUCGUAAACCACAUGGGUUAGGAGUCUGGACUGACCCAGGUGCGCCUGGCAUCUUGCUUGAGGAACAGGUGUGUUUUGUUUUGUUUUUGAAAGAAGGUCCCGGCUGGGUGCGGUGGCUCACACCUGUAAUCCCAGCACUUCGGGAGGCCGAGGCGGGCAGAUUACGAA